CCACAAAAUCUGCCUCGAGAUCUCGAAGCCCCUCCAGAUCCAGGUCAAGGUCCCGGUCCUCAUCUCAGUCCAGAAGUCGCUCCAGGUCCCGGUCCAGGAAGCGUCAUUACAGGGUGCUGGAGCCUAUCCUAACUUUCAUCACCUGAAAAGCUAAAUGAACCCCAGUUAGGGGUCUAAACGAUCCCAUGUCAGCCUCAUAUGAAACAGAAGCAGUUAACGUAACAUGUAUGUUGUUGAGCUGUGGGAUCAAGUAACUGCAGAAAAUCCAUUCAAAUCAGGGGAAAUAAAAUGCAACUCUUACUAGGAAAUGCCCCAACCUGGUUCAAUCUGGGAAUCCUUUUGCCCCGCUGCCUUUUAAUGUGUCCCUAAAAAGUCUGCGGAAUUCGAUUGGAGCCCUUGUAACUGGCAAACACAAGAGUCAAAGGAUUCAAAUAGUUUUUUCCCCCCACAUCUUUAUACCGCCCAUGUGACUCCCCGCUCCAGCAGAGGAGUGUCAGUGCAAUGAAUGUGCAGCUCUGCUCUGUGCGCUGCAGUCUCUGUCACUCUGUAUUCCAAUGAAAAAACGCCAUUGCUCCAGGUCUCGGUCCAGAUCUCACUCUCCAUCUUAUAACCGGGACAAAAAAUAUCCGAAGGCCUACCAGAACAACCGGGAAUUCCGGGGCUAUCACCGUGGCUUCCGAAGGCCCUACAAUUUCAGGGGUCGAGGACGGGGCCAGUUCCCCCGAGGACGCUAUCAGCGUGGAGGUGGCGGCGGUUAUAAUAACAACAACAACUACUGGCCAAACUGGAAAAACUACAAACAGUAUCCGCAGAAAUACCAGCAGUGGCAACAGCAGCAGCCGCAGCAGUUUAACAACUACCCACAGGGACGAUCGCACAACCAGCAGAAUCGCUCAGGAAGCCCCCCUCAGGGUCAAUCUCACCGCACUGACAGAUCCUUCUCCCCUUUAUCCAGACACUCGCAUCACUCUUCCUCCUCGACUCACUCCUCUCCCCCAAAAGCCAGGCAAGCUACGGGGCUGGCUAGUCAGACCUCGGAAGACGUUAAAGAUGGGGAACUGACCUCAAAGCAAGUUCAAAAGGGAGGGGAGGAAGACGAGGAGCCAGAAGAGCAUGUCGAGUUGUUGGAAGAAAAUCCAACUGAAGGUGCAGGUAGUGGGAAAAGUGAUGGGAACUGGCAAAGCCCAAAGAAAAACAGUUUGGGGCCCAGUUCGGUGGGUCAGAAGAGCCCAAGUCCUGGUCAGACCAUUAACACUAAGAUCUCAAAUGACACAAGUAAUGGCGCCCCUGUGUGGCAGUCAUCUGGUGGCACAUGCUCCACUAGGAAACCCUCACGUGAAGGUCUAAACCCAAUGCUUUCCAGCUUUGACUUCUUCUCCACUGAGGAAUUUCAGGAUGAGGACAAGAAGGCAAUCUCCAUUGCCUUCAGGAAAUUUUUGGAGGAGCAAAGUAAAAAAGCAAACACUACUGCAGAGAUCAGCCCAAAAACAGAAGCAGAGGAUGGAGGAUUGGAAAAAGGAAACAUGAACGGCAAAACAUCAGCAAUGGUUUCCGACUGUGCUUCAGGAAAGUGCAAAGAAAAGACAAAAGGCGAGGUGUCUUUGAAGAGCUUUUUAAAAACACCCCCAUUUCUGUCCACUGAAGGGGAGGAAGAGGAUGAGAUACUUCAUAGGCCUUCCUUAAAGUUUCUUUUUAAAGACUUGCACAAUGGCGAUGAGUCCUGUAAGCCAAAGAUCAGCGCCCAAAAACUCUUUGGAGAGGCCUUUAGAAAACAGCAGAAUGCAGCUUAUUCACAGUUUACUAAUGGUGAGUUCGACUCCAGAGAAGAGGAGAGGUGGGUUGAAAGAAAGCAGGAUAAAGCGGCAGCCAUUUCUGCUGUGCUCGCUAAGAGGGAGCUGACAGAGAAAUUUGAGGAUUUGUCUCCAGAAAUGAGCUUUAAGAAAAAGAUGAUGGCAGGAUCUCCCUCUGUGCUCGCCUCUGCCGCUGUAAGCUCCAACAGAGAGAUGUUCAUGAUUAGGGAGCAGGACCCCGCCCCUGUGUCCUCACAGAAGCCAGAAGCGAAGUUUCAUGUGAGAAUGGGUUUCCUUGGAGACAGUCUGAUGAGCUCUUCUGAUAUUUUAGCUGAAGAGCGCCAGUUGUCUCAGGACCUUGUGCUGUCUUCCAAAAAGGAUCCAGAGUUUCGUUCCAUCUUUCAGCACGUCCAGACCGCUCAGUCACAGAGGAGUCCCUCUGAGCUGUUCGCUCAGCACAUUGUCACCAUCGUUCACCACGUCAAAACUCAGCACUUUCCAUCCUCUGGCUUGACUCUAAACGAGCGAUUCACCUUGUACCAAAGAGAAGCUGCAGAGCAGGAAAUGAAGAAGUCCAGAAAAAGCCCAGAGAUUCACAGGAGAAUCGAUGUUUUACCAAGUGCUUUUAAGAAACCCCCUCAGCUUUUUGGGGGCGUGAAAAGCUCAGAGGAAGGCACUUACAAGAGCGCCGGGGAGAAGGUAAAAGGCGACACAAUGGAUCUACGUUUGGACAUUGAGCGUAGAAAAAAAUAUUCAUGCUUCCAAAACCAGAAUCAAGAAAGAGACGUGGGAGACUCUGCAGAUUUCAGCAAAGAGCUGUGUGAACAAAACCUCUCCAAACACAGCAACAAAUUAAAUGGUCAGAAGCGAAGACGCUCCAGCUCAUCCUCCUCUUCCUCCUCUUCUAAAUCCCCAAAACCUGAAACACAUGAGACAGCCAAAUUAAAAGAUGAAGAACUUCACAAGACAAAGGCAUGUCAAAGAGAAUUUGCAGUUCCAGCUCAAGGAGGACGGCCUUUGGGAGAAUUUCAAAUACAAAUAUGUGGAAAAGGCUGGAACAAAAGCAGUUUUCAGGAAAACAAUUCCUACAUCAGUUCUUUGAACAGUGCGCAUCCAGAGAGUGAAGACCCAGAGUUUACUCCAAAGAGCAGGAAGUACUACUUGCAUGAUGACAGAGAUGAAGAGUCCAAGUGGACAGAUGAGAGAGAGCAAGGACAGGGGAAGCAGCCCUUUGGGAGGACACGAUUCAUCAUCCGCAAAGCCACUGGAGGAGCCAGCAAGACUUGCCUUAAGUGGCCAUUUGAGAAGUUCCAGGCCAACGGGGAGAUGAGUGGAAAGAAAGGAGAAGAAGCAGAGGAGGAUCCCAGGGAUGAGGAGAACUGAGCAGUGAAGGCCUCUGGUAAAACUGCUGCUAGUCGUGUGUGUUGUUGAAGGAAAUCAGUUCAUAAACUGACCCCAAUGGAAUGAUGCUUUAUUAGUUCAGAUUCAGAGGAGGCUGACUUCUCUGUAUGUCCAAACUCACUCUUGACUCAUAAGAUCACUGUUCUUCAGCGCUCUUUGUGGCAGUUUGAACAUGUUUUUCUUUCUUUCUUUUUGGUUUUCUGAUGUGAAUUAUUGCUGUUUUUAUGAAAUAUUAUGUUUUUCCGUAAAGUACUGAAAAAAAAAUAAACAAAACUUUUUAAGUUUCUUGCCUUUCAAAGAUGUAAUGGAUAAUUAAAAUUAUGUUUCAAGUCUAGUUGUACCUCUCGUCAGGUCAAGGUAAAUUAUAAAACUGUAGAUUAUUUUAAGAUGAGUUUUUUUGAACAUAAAUUUACAAAGCAGUUUGUUUUAUCUGGAUAACAAUGACAUCUAACACACUUGACCCUGAUUUGACACUGGGACCAAACCUUUCAGGGUCAAAGGUUACACUGUUGUCAUUCAUCACACACUUUAGAACUGUUUCACAAUAAUACUAGCGGGAAACGUAGUGUAACUUUAUAUCAUUGUCACGGGAUGUUUAGCAAGCUCAUGAGUAAUUUAGCUCCUGCUUGAUCAUAAACGGAACUAGUUUGUGUACAUUUUUAUGUCUUCCAUUGAACUAUUUUCUACUUUUUGUGCCUUAAAAGUCUGGAGUUUGGCUUAGAUUGUGGUGAAGGGUUUGUCAUUAAUCCCAUUGGAUGCAUCUUCUCUCAUGCAUGUUAUCUGUAAUCAGUUGUGUCUAAGGUGUAAUCACAGUUAUAUGAAGGGAAAAAAACGUCUGUAAAAAAUGCGCUUUUUUUUGGUCUAGAGUGUGUUUUAAUUGUAUCUGGUGUGCCUUACCACGGCGGUCUUACUUGAAGAAUACAGGCCAGCAGAUUCCCAUUGAUUGUGAAAAGAUUUGGGAAUAUUUCUGUUUUUUAAGUUGUCACUGUUUUCCUGUUUCUUUUCAGGCUGUAAAUUAAACAGACGAUGGUUAUGUUAAAGAUCA